AUGGACAAUACCGCAAUGAACUCUUUCUUAGAGUACACGAUCUGUAAUCGUGGGACGGGCGCCUACUCAUCCAAGACAGCUUCUUACCAAGUGGAUCAGGGGAUUGCAGCUUCCUUCCAACCCUGCUCAGGUACAACAAGUGACAGCUAUAAUGCUGAUGGGCGAUUUUUCAUGUCAGGAAGCUCUCCUGCGGCUGCGGCGCAACAUCAGCACCAAAAUUCGAGCUUCGCUCAUCAUCACCAUACCAACCCAUUUGUUAAUACUGGGCCGAGUGCGUAUGGGCCACAAACGUGCACCAGCCAGGAUUACGGGCAUCAGUACUACCUCAGCCAGGAGCAAGACGGAGUCUAUUUCCAGUCGGGAUAUUCAGCAACGGCCGUGGGUCACAAUUUGGGCACAUUGACUGGAGGAUAUUGUGGGGUUACUGGGAGUGUGGGCCCCGGCCACUACCAACCACCAAUCUGUGCAACCCAGGAACAGCAACAAGGCUAUCUGCAAAGUCCAUAUGCCAGUGUGUCUCCCCUUCAGGGAGCAGAGAAAGAGUUCAACGGCCAAGCAGAUCAGUCUUCCACGGGACAGACCUUUGACUGGAUGAAAGUGAAGAGAAAUCCUCCAAAAACAGCUAAAGUUGCAGACUAUGGCUUAAAUGGUCAACAGCAGAACACAAUCAGGACAAAUUUUACUACAAAACAGUUAACGGAAUUGGAAAAGGAAUUCCACUUUAAUAAGUACCUGACCCGUGCACGCCGAGUGGAGAUUGCCGCUACGCUGGAGCUGAACGAAACCCAAGUGAAAAUCUGGUUUCAGAACAGGAGGAUGAAGCAGAAGAAACGAGAGAAGGAAGGCCUGGCGUCCUGCACAAGCAAGAGUGCGGGCAGAGAUUUUGGGGAAACCUCAGAUCAUUCCAGUUCAGCUUCACCUGACGCAUCUCCUUCCUCGGGCACCUCCUAA